GCCUAUGUUCCUCGGCGUGCUUGGUUGCUGAGCUGCUAGUGAUCGUGAAGGGCUGCAGGGACAGUUGAAGGGCAAAGACCGGCGUGUUGGUUCAUGCAAAGGAAAUAAAAACUGAGAGACAGGAAUCAUCUUUCAUCCCACCUAUCUGGUGAGAGUAGACCUUGACUCAUGGCAUUACAAGGAUCGGUGACAUUCCAGGAUGUGGCUGUGGACUUCACCCCAGAAGAGUGGCAGCUGCUGGACUGUGAUCAGAGAACCUUGUAUUGGGAUGUGAUGCUGGAGAACUUUAGAAACCUCACCGCAGUGGAAGUUAUCUGCUUACUUGAUGAUGCACUAGAGAGACAGGAGGGAAGCAAAGACAAUUUUUUGAAUCAAGAUAUGUUCCCCUUCAAGAAAACACUGACCAUGAAGAGAGUCCAAAAUCGUAACCUGAAUAUAAAAUUUAUUUCUUCAAGACAAACACAACAUAAAUGUGAGUCAAAUGGAAAGAGUCUGCAACCUAAUUCACACUGGCUUAGUUAUAAUAAAAGUUAUACCGGAGAAAAUUCUUAUGAAUCCAAGGACUGUGGAAAAGCCUUCAAAAACAAGUUUUGUCUUAUUAGACAUGAGAAAAAAGCACAGAAGGAAAAAAAGCUUUGGCUGCACUGAAUGUGGGAAAGCCUUCCAAAAGAGGUCUCGUCUUGUUAGACAUGAAAAAAAGCAUACAAG